AUACGGCGUUUUCUUCGCCUUAAAAAAGUAAUCGAACGAAUUAAUUGCAAAUAUAAAAGGAAAACAUUUAUUCUUCAUGAAUAUUCCAAUUUACUGAUACAAAAAUAAAUUACUCAAAAAACCACAACAAUGGGCAUUUUAGAAAAGAUUUCCGAAAUCGAAAAAGAAAUCGCAAGAACUCAAAAGAAUAAAGCUACUGAAUACCAUUUGGGUUUGUUAAAGGCGAAACUAGCAAAAUAUCGCUCCCAAUUAUUGGAACCAUCCAAGAAGGGCGAGAAAGGUGAUGGAUUUGAUGUGCUAAAAAGUGGAGAUGCUCGCGUGGCUCUUAUCGGUUUCCCGUCAGUUGGUAAAUCCACUCUACUAUCGACACUUACCAAAACCGAGUCCGAAGCGGCCAACUAUGAGUUCACAACACUCACAUGUAUUCCCGGGGUAAUUGAAUACAAAGGAGCAAAUAUUCAACUUUUGGAUUUGCCUGGAAUCAUUGAAGGAGCCGCCCAGGGCAAAGGUCGAGGAAGACAAGUUAUAGCUGUAGCACGUACAGCGGAUUUAGUUGUUAUGAUGUUGGACGCAACUAAGCCAAAUGUCCAUCGUGAUCUUCUAGAACGCGAAUUGGAAUCAGUCGGAAUCCGAUUGAACAAACGUAAACCCAAUAUUUACUAUAAAGUAAAAAAAGGUGGUGGUUUGAGCUUUAAUGCAACAUGUGCCCUAACACGUUGCAAUGAGAAAAUGGUGCAAACUAUUUUGCAUUCCUUUAAAAUUUUCAACGCCGAAGUGCUCUUUCGCGAAGACUGCACCGAAGAUGAGUUCAUCGAUGUGGUAACUGCUAAUCGUGUCUACUUGCCUUGUUUGUAUGUCUACAACAAGAUCGAUCAGAUUUCAAUUGAAGAAGUCGAUCGGCUGGCGCGAGAAGACAAUUCAAUUGUGGUCAGUUGUAAUAUGCAAUUAAAUCUUGAUUAUUUGCUAGAGUCCCUUUGGGAGGCAUUGCAGCUGAUUCGAGUGUACACUAAGAAACCCGGUGCACCUCCAGAUUUUGACGAUGGCCUUAUUUUAAGAAAGGGUGUUAGUGUUGAACACGUCUGCCAUUCGAUUCAUCGGACGCUCGCUGCUCAAUUUAAAUAUGCAUUAGUUUGGGGAACUUCCACAAAAUACUCACCACAAAGAGUAGGCAUCAGUCAUAUAAUGCAAGACGAAGAUGUCAUUCAAGUUGUAAAGAAAUAAAGAACAAAGCUGGAUUACGAAUUCGAAAAUGCCAGUCUUCUUCGAUACAAGCUAUUACAAAAAUGUCACCGUGUUGUUUGUACUUUCCUCUUUUAUAUAAACCAUUUUCUUCAUCGCAUAGCUUAGAUGUGGUUUUGUUUAAUUAUUUUUAAAUUUAAAGAUUGUUCGAAGAUUAUGUUAUUGGCCCAGAAAAUAUAGAAUAAUAAAUAAAACGAAACCAAUUACUGAAAAACAA